CUUAAUAUAAAAUUCCCAUACCCAAGUUCAAUUACACUCAUCAUCUACAGUCAUCUACGUCGACGCUCAGUACUUCGCUUCACUCCUUCAGCAAUGAUAUCGCGCCAGGCCUCGGACGUCAACAUGUUGAGCAGCAUCACGGCACUUGCAGCUAAAGAGGAGUUCGACAUCGCACAUUUCAACAAGGUCCUAGAGCACUGCAGCUACAUCAAACUGAACGACGAACAGCUCAGGGAGAUCAUGCAGCGCCUGGAGCAGAGCUUUGCAGAAGGGCUUCAAAAUGAAGAGACUGCAGUGGUUAAAAUGCUCCCAUCGUUCAUUCGCGCAACUUCUGUGGGCAAGGAGAGUGGGGAGUUCUUGGCACUAGACUUGGGCGGAAGCAACUUCAGAGUACUGUUGAUCACCCUGCACGGCGACGGGAAGAAGGGAGAAAUGAGGCAUGUGACCUAUGCGGUGCCACAGGAGCUGCAGCAAGGAACUGGAGAACAUCUCUUUGACCAUGUCGCUAACUGCCUUCACAACUUCAUGGUAGAGGAAAGGCUUUCCUGCAACAAGACGCUCCCGCUUGGAUUUACCUUCUCGUUUCCUUGCCAGCAAAAAGGAUUGGCAUCGGCAUCACUCGUCGCAUGGACCAAAGGAUUCAGUGCCUCAGGCGUUGUCGGCAAAGACGUCGUUCAAUUGCUCACGGAUGCGUGUCGGCGGAAGAACAUCGCGGUCAAUGUCGUGGCGCUCGUAAACGACACCGUUGGAACAAUGUUGGCAUGCUCAUUCUUCGAUCCUGACUGCUCCAUUGGGCUCAUUGUUGGGACUGGGAGCAACGCUUGUUAUAUGGAACGCUUGGAGAACAUCAGCAAACUCAAUGGUUUGGUCAGCGUAAAUGAUGGACUUCCUGAAGAAAUGUGCAUAAACUGUGAGCUCGGUGCCUUCGGCGAUGACGGGAAGAUCGACAAGUACAGGACGGUGCACGACAAGAAGCUAGACGCCAACUCCAUAAAUCCGCGCAAACAAACAUUCGAGAAGAUGAUCUCCGGGAUGUACUUGGGCGAGCUUGUGCGUCUUGUGUUGGUCGAGUUGGCAGAAGCAGGACUUCUCUUUUCUGGGUCAGCGGUCACCAGCAGUGCCAUCGGAAAACAAGGAUCGUUCUCAACUCGGAUCCUGUCAGAAGUAGAGAGGUGA